GCGAGCCGGGAUGGGCAGAAGGCGGCCGGGACGGGCGUCGCGUGGAGGAAGGGAAGGCGGAAGCCUCGAACCGGCACCCAGAUGGGCGAGCGGCCGUCGCUGGUGGUCUUCGACCUGGAUUAUACCCUCUGGCCUUUCUGGGUGGACACCCAUGUGGACCCCCCUUUCCGGAAGAGCAGCGACGGCUCCGUUUGGGACCGGAACGGGCAGUCCGUGAAGCUGUACCCCGAAGUCCGGGCUGUGCUGGAACGGCUUCAUCAGGAGGGCAUCCCCAUGGCCGUUGCCUCCAGGACAGGGGAAGUCCGGGGGGCCACGCAACUCCUGGACCUCUUUGGCCUGGAUCGCUUCCUCCGCCACAAACAGAUCUAUCCCGGCUGCAAAGUCAACCACUUCCAGAGGUUAUGCCAGCAGACCCAGGUCCCCCUUUCCAAGAUGCUCUUCUUCGAUGACGAAGCUCGGAACAUUCAUGACGUCAGCAAAUUAGGAGUCACGUGCAUUCGCGUCCCCAACGGCAUGAACCUCUCUCUCCUCGAGCGUGGUCUGGAAGCCUUUCCCCGCUCCUGAAUUAUCGCCACUGCACAACUCCCUGCCUCAAAGCCUGCCCCCCCGCCCCGAGAGCCAGUUUGGUGUCGCGGUUAAGAGCGGCAGGACUCCAGAGAACCGGAUUCCCCUAUUCUCCACAUGCAGCCGGCUGGGUGACUUUGGGUUAGUCACCGCUCUCUCAGAGCUCUCUCAG